AUGUGUCACACACCACACGGCCAACGGGAUUAUCAGGCUGCUGGACCGGAACCAGAAGCUGAAGGUGCUGCCGUCAACCUCAGGCUAAACGGCGAGCUGGCCGCGAUCCUUGAGCCCCUGAUGCACCGCUACCCCCACCAGCUCAUCCACACUGGUCAGUGGCUCACACGCAGACACUUGCCCCUGGCCUUACCUCGCGACAUGCUCUCUUUCUCUCUCCGGUGA